CAGAGUUUCAAAUUGAAAUCCAAGUACGAUUGAACUCGCGUUCCUGCUCCUCCUAGCCCUUUCAUGGAGGUUCUCCAAUGCUCUGCCACUCGUUUCUCUUCUCAAUUCGCCGUCAACAGAAACCAUCAUUUCACGCCGAAGACAUACCGCUGCACUCUUCAGGUGCUGCAAUGGAAACCGCAGUAUACUUUGAGGACACAAGCUAGUAUUGGUUAUGGGAAGUUCCGUGGCUUUAAUCACAAGUUUAUCUUGCUCAAUAAGAGCUUUGAUUCUCAUUGGAGUUUUCUCUCGAUGAGUUGCAGAUGUCGUUUGGCAUCGAAGAAGCACGCUGUCAAAGUAACGAACUUGUUGCAGAAGUUCAGGAGACGCGUCUCUGUUCCUUUUUUCCAAUUAGUUCUUACGGUAUUCCUGGUUACAUCAAUCUCCGUUGCUGUUAGCAGCACUCCCUCUUGGGCACUUAGUGAAGAGAACUUACUCUUCUUGGAAGCAUGGAGGACGAUUGACCGCGCUUAUGUUGACAAAACUUUCAAUGGACAAAGUUGGUUCCGCUACAGAGAGAAUGCUCUACGCAAUGAGCCCAUGAACACUAGAGAAGAGACAUAUAUGGCUAUAAGAAAGAUGAUUGCCACAUUGAAUGAUCCCUUCAGUCGGUUUUUAGAACCUGAGAAGUUUAAAAGUUUGAGGUCUGGAACACAAGGGGCUCUGACAGGUGUAGGACUAUCAAUAGGCUACCAAACAGUAUCCGACGGAUCACCUGCUGGACUUGUGGUUAUCUCAGUUUAUCCAGGAGGUCCUGCAGAUAGAGCUGGAAUUUUGAAUGGGGAUGUUAUCAUGGCAAUAGAUGAUAUGAGCUCAGCAACCAUGGGUAUAUAUGACGCUGCAGAUCGAUUGCAAGGACCUGAAGGAAGUUCUGUAAAGUUAACCAUUCUCAGUGGAUCGGAAAUAAAGCACCUGGGUUUGACGCGAGAGAAAGUGUCUCUGAAUCCAGUGAAGUCGAAGUUAUGCGAGAUUCCUGGUUCAGGAAAAGAUUCUCCUAGGAUUGGUUAUAUUAAACUAACAACUUUCAACCAAAAUGCUUCAGGUGCUGUGAAGGAAGCUAUUGAGGCUUUAAGGAGCAACAAUGUCAACGCUUUUGUCUUGGACCUUCGAGAUAACGGUGGUGGUUUGUUCCCAGAAGGAAUUGAGAUCGCCAAGAUUUGGCUCGAUAAAGGUGUGAUUGUCUAUAUUUGUGAUAGUCGUGGUGUACGGGACAUCUAUGACACAGAUGGAACCAAUACAAUUGCUGCUUCAGAACCGCUGGCCGUGUUGGUGAACAAAGGAACGGCAAGCGCAAGUGAGAUAUUAGCUGGUGCGUUAAAAGACAACAAACGUGCUGUCUUGUUUGGAGAACCUACAUAUGGGAAAGGCAAAAUUCAGUCAGUUUUUCAGCUGUCUGAUGGUUCUGGCUUGGCUGUUACAGUUGCUCGUUACGAGACACCUGCGCACACCGAUAUUGAUAAGGUUGGCGUGAUUCCAGACCAUCCGUUGCCAAAAUCAUUUCCAAAGGAUGCGGAUGGAUUUUGUGGCUGCCUCCAAGAACCAGCAUCUGCCUGCUAUCUCAACCGUGGCCAGCUAUUUUCACGGUGAUAGAUUCAUGCGUACAAUAACAUUGUUUCGAGAAAUAUUCUUUGUCCCUCAUAUAACUGUUUAAUGGAAAUUGUACUAUUAAAAUUCUGAGUUUCA